UCUUUGUUCAACAAGUUCCAAAUGGCAGCCCCCAAAAGCUGACCUUCCAAAUCCCUACGGCAAUGACGGAUCGCGAAGUGGAAGCGCAAUCAUCACAACCGACGCCAACCUCCUCCGAUUCGCCCUUUGUCCGGCUACAUGUCACGCCCCUCGACCCGGAACUGCUGAAAGUUGUCCUGUCACUGGCCCUGCUUCCCAAAGCUCGCAACAUAUCCUACCACGCCAUUGAGACAUUUCCUGAGAAGCGCUACGGCUUUCUGGACCUGCCUAUCGAGGACGCAGAGAAAUUGAGGAAGAAACUCAACGGCUCGGUCCUGAAAGGCGUCAAGAUUCGCAUCGAUCGCGCGCGCCCGUCACGCAUUCUCACCCCGCUCGGCCAGGCCGCUAUGGCCGAGGAAAAGACGUCAAAGAAAACCACCGAAGGUGCACCGCCGCCAAAGGAUAAGAGCAAGAAGAGAAAGCGCGGCGCCGAGGAGCUUAGCGGUGUGAUUCUGGAGGACGGCAGAAAGAUCAAGCGUGGUUGGACCAGCGCCGACGAACCCAAGGAGAAAUGGUCAAAGCAAGACAAGGAGAGGAAGAAGGGGAAGAACAGGAAGAAGCAGGUCAAGUCCAAGUACACUGACCAUGCCGAGUGUCUAGUCAAGACUGUCUUGCCCGCAAACGCCGCACCCUCGCCUGACCCCAUGACGGAAAGGAAAAAGAAAAAGCGCGAGUCACGGGAGGUGGUAGUGCACGAGUUUGAGCGGACGACCAAGUUUCCGACUUUCCUCAAGGCGGCGGCACCGCCCGCUCCUUCGGCUGCCCCGCUAGAGUUCGUCGAUGGGAAAGGGUGGGUGAACCAAGAUGGGGUGGUGGUUGAAAGCGUCAAGUCCAGGCCUCCCCUAAGCUGCAAAGCCUUGCUAUCGAGCGGAUCGAAGAAGGAUCGGGUUCAGGAAACGGUCCUGGAAGAGGGGACUGUGACAAGCUCCAGCGACAGCGAAGAUGAAGCUGCGGGAGAAAGCGAAUCUGAAGCUCCGGCCACUGCCGGGAAGAGCAGCCCGCUUCCCGAAUUCGCUGCGUCGGGUUCUUCCUCUCCUACACCGCCGGCCGAAUCGGAUCCACCGCGGCCCAGAUCAUCUGCCUUAACGCGAAAUCUCUCCAUCAAAAUUCCUCCCACAACCCCUAACGAGGCCAAAGUGCACCCCUUGGAAGCGCUGUAUAAGCGCCCAAAGCAGCCCGACGAUGGAAUCCCCACAGCAGAAGCCGGCGGAGGACAAGGAUUCAACUUCUUUGCCGAUGGCAACGAAGAUAGUGCAGGCGAAGGAGACGUCGACGCAGAUGUGAAUGAUGGGCCGUCGGGGAUGCAGGUACCACUAACUCCAUUCACCCGCCACGAUCUGGAGUUACGCGGCAUCAGGAGUGCAGCGCCUACUCCCGACACGGCACACCCCAACAGAAAAUUUACACCUUGGGAACCGGACAACGAGGAUGACGUGGAGAGACAGGACACUGAGCCUGCCUAUCAAGAUUUUGAGGAGGAGGAUGAGCAGGGUCCCCUGCGCACCACGACGACCCAGGCGGGGGAGGGUCGUGAAAGGACGACUAGUGACUUCCAUCAGUGGUUCUUCGAGAAUCGGGGCGACGUGAAUAGGUCGUGGAGGAAACGGAGGAAGAUUGCGGGCAAGGAGAAGAGAUACAGGGAGAACAAGGCUCGGAUGGCCCGAGCAAUCUAGCAAUGCCGGUCCUCGAUGCGAGAUGCCCUCUUCAUGGUAUAAGUCUCGUUUUCGACAAUUGGUACAAGGGACUCGAGAGCAUGGUCUUGCCAAUCUUCACGUCGCCGGGACAUUUCCCCCGGCCUUGGUUACCCCUGGGCAUUGUUUUCCGUGCAUGAUGUUUGUUUUCUUACUUACAACUUCCGCGAUGUGAUUGACUUUAUGUGCUGAGAAGCCUUCGUUUUGAUACAAAACAUGCAAAAUGCUGACGCCCUAAAUAGUGGUGGAAACAGGCAAAGGCCCCUUCUACCGCAUCUCUCCAUAGCCGUGCUCCGUUCAAUAUAACCCGCCCACUCCAAAACAUGAUGGGCAGCACGAGUGAUGGGCUAUUCAGACGCGGAGAACCCAAUCCUACUCAGAUAUUCUCGCCUUUACCCUUCAGAACAUCAGCCGAACGAACACCAGGCCCGAGGGGACUGAGAGUGCUG